CGCAAACCGUAGUCAGGAAAGAUAACCGCAUUGCUGCUGGAUAUUUUUUGAUCUACACAUGAGCAUUUUUUUCCUCUCUUCUCCCCCAAAUUUCUUCCAGGGCAGAAAAAUUGUAGUGAUGGAUCAGAUAUCUUAAAUUAUACUUUUGAAUCAAAUCGCAGUUGGCUGAUCCAUUAUCAUCAUAAUCAGGAGCAAAGGCACGGUAGAUUCCUAAUACGGUGAAAUCCGAGUUUUAGAAGUUUUAGAAUUUACAAUCUAUAUAUAAGAGAAGGCAAUUGAUUUCUGUUAUUCAAGUUUAGCAUAUUGCUCAUUGUCGAGAAAAGUUAAUUUUCUUUCAAAGAUAUGGCAACUAGGUUUAAGAUUUUAUCCAGGAUGUUAACUUCUGCAAGGAAUCUGUGGACUAAGCAGGCUCCGAUUGUAAAAGAGGUUAAUUUUACUCCGGGAUAUCUGAGGAAGCUUUAUGUAGAAGUGCAGACCGAAGAUCUAAAGGCGGCUGCGUCAGUUGUAGUGUAUGCUGGAGUUCUCGCGAUUAUUUAUAACGCGUAUUCCUAUAGACAAAUCAUGGAACUAGAAAGGAGGCGUGAGCUAUAUCGUGCGGACAUGAGGCGGAUUCUAGCCCAGCUUCAGGCAUAGAUAGAGGCUGCAAUGUUGUUUUUGUGGCCUAUUGAAUAAAGUUAUCUUAUCAGUGAUUCAGUGUACUAGUUUAUUUAUUUAUUUAUUUCAAAUGAUGUCUUCAGUGACAGGUUGUUGCGAUCUUAAUGUCUUCUAUGUGUAUCAACUGAAAAAUUAUGGAAAAAAGUUGUUUGUUUGGUGAUAUUAUGGAAGUUACUGAUACUGUACUCUGGUUUAUUUGGUGAAUGUGGGAAAAAUCAAAGCAUGACCGUCGCUGUAAUAAUUUUCAAUAUAAAAACAAGUCUUACGAGAAUAACAACAUUAUACUUGAAAUUAGAUUCAAGAGUAUCAUACAGAACCUUUGCGAGUAAUUUGGUUCGAAUCAGUAUUCAUGAAUUCUGCAUCUUAAUUACCAGUGAAUUAAGAGAAAAUCAUGUGCUCCUUUAAUUAGUGAACUGGAUACUUAGUGAAAUCCGGUCCAAAUCGUAUAAACCCCGCCAGCCUCUUCUCUUUCUAUCACUAUUGCUCUCUCCAAACUUUCUCCGCCGGAACCACCUGAGCGCCACCAUUGCAGUUCCUUAGUUUUUACCCAAAUUAAAGGAUGUCGGUUGAAGAACAGCGAGAUGAAAGUGACGAUAGUCUGCCUGAGUUAGGAAAUGCAGAUGAUAUAAUUAUACCAAACGAUGAGAAACAGAAAAAGAAACGGAAGAAAAUUUUGUUAAGAGAAGCUAAGAAAGCACGGAAUCGUGGAGUUUGUUAUAUGAGUAGGAUACCACCACAAAUGGACCCGGUGAAGCUACGUCAAGUUCUUUCUCAGUACGGUGAGAUUGAUAGGAUGUAUCUUGUGCCUGAAACUAAGCAGCAGUUACCUCAGCAAAUAAAUCGCAAGAAAGCUGGUGAUUUCCGUGGUCAAGGCUUUGAAGAAGGGUGGAUUGAAUUUACAAAUAAAAGGGUUGCGAAGAGAGUUGCUGAAAUGUUAAACGGAGAACAGAUGGGUGGGAGGAAAAAGUCGUCCUUCUUUUAUGACAUUUGGAAUAUCAAAUAUCUGAGUAAAUUCAAGUGGGAAGAUCUUACGGAAGAAAUUGCCUACAAGCAUGCUCUUCAAACCCAGAAGGCAGCCAUGGUAAUAUCUGCUGCCAAGAAAGAAAGGAAUUUCUACGUGGAUAAGGUUGAGAAGGCUAAAGGUCUAAAGGCCAUAGAAGAAAGGAUGAAGAAGAAGCAGAAGGUGCGAGAACAAGGCUCUGAAAAUGGUUCAGAGCGCCAAGUUGAGCAGCAAGAACCAAAAAUAAUUCGUCAGUUCCCACAGACAAGGCCAGUUAAAGAUGAUUCAGUCCAUCCGAAACGUCGUAUGCCUAGAAAUGUGUUGGCCGGAAUAUUUGGUGGAAAUAGAUCAGCACUGUCACCAUAAUCAUAAUACAAGCACUUUUUUGUUGUCGAGUUUCUUUCACAGGUAAUCUUAGUGGAACAUUUGCCUCAAUGUAGGGUGUCUUGAAUACUUUCUCGGUUAGUUGUUUUCUUGGUUAGCCCCUAGUUCAGACAUUCUGUUUUAUUUGUUUUACUUAUCUUCUUAAAUUGUUCUUAAGAUUACUAUUUUUGAAUUGGAUCAGCUAAUUUCAUAAUGAAAGUCCGUGUCACUACAUCUACGAUUCUUCCCAUAAAAGAAAAAAGAUCUGUAAUUUUUUUCUUCUCUUUUUCUGACAAAAACUUAGCGUGUGACCCGUCGUCUGUGACUGCAGUCGGCACUCGUGUUUUGCUGCAGCAUCUUCUAUCGUGCUUGGCACGAUUUUAAGGUCAAAUCCUACUGACUUCAUGCAUUCAAGUUUGAAGAAUGAUCAAAACUUAGGGCC